UGAGUACAUUUAAAAGGCCACGAGUCAAGCACCACAGCCAUCCUUCCCUAUCUCUUGGCAACGUCAUCGCUUAGACGACAGAUGCGCCUCGCGAUUUCACUAGGGCAAGCGGUGAAACAACCAAACGUGUCUUGACGAACGAACACCCGUUCACGCGCCUGCCAACCCCAGUCACUUCCUCCUGACUACCCCAUGUUUCUUCUCGACAACACUGGGCAGCUCGAAGAAAUGCAAUCAAGCAAUGCGCACGACUGGCACUCCGCUCCGUAACUGGACUCUUCUCCUGCUGCUAUGCAGCGUAUCCACGUCCGCCCUCGCUGAAGCAGCGAAUGAGGCAGCGAACGGCGAAUCGAGCGCUACUGCACAUGAAGGUGCCACGCCGCAGCACACGUCCACUCCCGCGUCUUCGCCCACGUAUUCGCCGUCACCGUCGUCCGUUCGGAGGUAUGCCAGCAGUGGAAGCACAUGCCCGUACCGCACAAUAAACUACAUCACACACAUGCUCCCGCAGCAAUGCGCAAAGACAAGCUGGUCAGCGCCGGGCGAGGCAAUCGCGACCGCUGGCACAGGUGCUGAGGAAGGAGCCAUAGCUGGUCUACAGACUCCCACGCCCGCGGCAGGAAACGGUUCCGAGGGCAACACAGAAGUGGACAACGGAGCUACCUCAGUAGCGACGCCUGAGGCCGAUUCGACUGCUGCAACUACGAAUGCUGCAAGCACCGCCGAACCGGAGCUCGACCUGGAGGCAGACUCACCUUUUGACAAUGCCAAUUUCCUCUCUUUUGAGGAGUGGAAGAAGAGGAACUUGGCGGCUGUCGGUCAAUCGCCUGAAAACGUCGGCCAGGGACGAGCAGCAGGCACGAACCAACCUGCUAGGCGACGACCCGUCAACGUGAACGCCCUCGACUCGCUUGGCGAUGAAGGCGAGAUAUCCAUCGACUUUAGUGGAUUUGGGUCUCCGGAGGACGAAAAUGUAGCAAACAGCAUCCAGCACGGCAAGCAGAGCGCUGGAGCUUCAAAAGCCGCGGACGAGGAAGGCAAGGUCGCACCAAGUUCCUGGGCGCUGAGCAAAGAUGCAGGCAAGACGUGCAAGGAGCGCUUCAAUUUUGCUUCUUUUGACUGCGCAGCGACGGUGUUGAAGACGAAUAAGCAGGCCAAGAGCUCUUCUUCUAUCCUCGUGGAGAACAAGGACAGCUACAUGUUGAAUAUAUGUUCGGCAGACAACAAGUUUCUUAUUGUAGAACUCUGCGACGAUAUCCUCGUCGACACCAUUGUCCUCGCAAAUUACGAGUUCUUCUCCUCCAUGUUUCGCCAUUUCAGAGUCAGCGUCUCUGAUCGGUAUCCGGUGAAAUUGGAAAAGUGGCGUACGCUGGGCACGUUUGAAGCGCGCAAUUCGAGGGACAUUCAGCCGUUUCUGAUCACGGAGCCGCAGAUUUGGGCGAGGUAUCUGAGGGUGGAGUUUUUGACGCAGUUUGGAAAUGAGUACUAUUGUCCGCUCAGUGUGUUGAGGGUGCAUGGUACGACGAUGAUGGAGCAGUUUAGACAGGAAGAGGAGGAGGCAAGGGGUAUUGAUGACGAUGACGAUCUGGAGGCGGAUGGUGUCGAGGUUAAGAAGCCGGCUGCGGACAGCGGGCCUUUGUCACCAGAGGAGAUACCGAUUGAAGCAGCAAAGGAUUUCGGCAUCGACGACGCCAACGAGGACGUCUCUUCGGAGGCUGAUUCGGGACCGUCGUCUGAAAGCUCUCCUGCGCCAUCGGUCACAGCAGAGCCGGCGGACGAACCACAUCAGAAUCAGCCCGUGCCAGAGUCGACGACUACAUCACCUCUAUCUGUGCCGAGCGCCUAUGGAGCCGGAAGCGAGAACAUCACAGCUUACGGAGAGCCGAAAUCAUCCGAUACCCCUCCACCAAAACCGACAGAUGGCACGUCCCAGGCUGAGAGCAUUUCAUCCGACGCCUCUACGAACAACUCCUCAGACUCCGUAUCUCGCGUUGACACCGCUACAGCGCCAACAGAGAACGCCACCGCUUCGUCUUCAGGUAGUCCAGCAGCCAAAGCAUCAAGCAACAGCACCGUUGCGAGUCCGCCUUCGCAGGGCCGCGGCUCCUCAACCCAGCCCAAUGCGCCCGCGCCUUCGACCCAAGAAUCCUUUUUCAAAUCGAUCCACAAGCGCCUUCAAUACCUCGAGGCUAAUAGCACGCUCUCGCUCCAAUACAUUGAAGAGCAGUCCCGCGCUCUCCGCGAUGCCUUUGUCAAGGUGGAAAAAAGGCAACUGGCCAAGACGGAGAAGUUUCUAGAUCACCUCAACAGCACGGUCAUGUUGGAGCUGAAGAGCUUCAGGAACAUGUACGAUCAGCUCUGGCAGAGUACAGUCAUCGAGCUGGAGAGUAUGAAGGAGAGGCAGCAGAGUGAGAUGGGGGAGAUUGGUACGAGAUUGACUUUAUUGGCGGAUGAACUGGUUUGGCAGAAGAGAAUGGCCGUUGUGCAAAGUACGCUGCUUCUUCUCUGUCUGGGCUUGGUGCUGUUUGUUCGCAGUGGGACGCUGGGUGGUGCUGGUGGUGGUGGUGGUGGUGGUGGCGGCGGUGGCAACGACAUGCCCAUUGUACAGCAGCUCGGCAGCAAGUAUAGCAGUUUCCUCGAGUCGAGCCCGCCGCGCAGAAUGUCCGAGACGGAGGGCAUGAGCAGGCAGCGCAGAACGUUUCGCAGCAUGUGGCGCAGUAGCGAGGCGAGUGGCCAUUUGAGCGAUCAUCAUGAUCACCGGAGGGAUAGCGAUGGUGGCGUUGGACGUGGUGAGAACGGUAGUGAUACGGAGACGGAGGGACUGCGUAGUCCGGUUCGGAUUCAGUAUAGUCCGCCUACGCCUACGAGUCCUGCGUCGCCUCAUGUACACGCUUCCCGACAUCUCCACCGUCAUCGUAGGGAAGAUACGGAGGGAGAACCGUCUUCUACAGAAGACCAAGCCACCAGAAUCCAGGUCCUGGAAACUCAAUCUGGUCCCGCAACGCCAAAUGGAACAAGGGAUUCACGACCGAGUUGGGAAGAAGUGGAACGAGCGGUUGAUUUGUUGAAGGCGGAGGAGGAGGAACAG